CCGCGGAACGGACGUGGGGGUUGUCUUUGAUCUUUGGGUUUUUGUUUGUUUGUUUGUUUUGACAGUGAGGGUCUGGAUGGCUUCCACGAGGAUCCGAGAGGCCAGGGAGAGAGAUUGUGGAGAGAUAAUGAGGAUGAUCAGGGAACUGGCAGAAUAUGAGAAACUCUCCCAUCAGGUGAAGAUCAGCGAAGAAGCUCUGAGAGCAGAUGGCUUUGGGGAGAACCCCUUCUUUCACUGUUUGGUGGCGGAGAUUGUUCCAGACCCUGGGGAGCUACAAGCGCCCCGAGUGGUGGGCUACGGCCUAUACUAUUUCAGCUACAGCACGUGGAACGGACGAAACGUCUAUCUGGAAGACAUCUAUGUGAUGCCGCAAUAUCGGGGUACUGGCAGGGGCUAA